AUGCGCAAGGGUGGUGUGGGCAUGUUGCGAGCCCCACCGCCCCGGCUUCUCGCACUGGAGCGUCGAAUUCACGCCGGCAAUAUCGGUGCCAUGCGUGCGUCUUCAUGCGUGGGGGUGCAACUGCGGAGUUGCAUGAGAAACAGUGGGCAACUGCCAAGAAUGACGGCGCAUGCCUGUCUUUUAACCCCGCGUCGUGGUGUCGCAUACAAGACGGAUGCCGCCUCGUUUGAGAGCGAAGUUAUUCAGUCGCAGCAAGCCAUCUGCCUGGUGUACCACCGACCGGACAGUAGCAGCUGCAACGCCUACCUGGCACACGCGGAACGCCUUGUGAAUCGGCUCAACAAGGAGGUCUCGGGCACUGGAAACGAGACUGGCGGCGACGGCGACACGCAGGCGAGUGCACCGACGCAGAAGGCUUGGCUAAAGCUGUGUACAAUUAACGCCGACGAAAACAGGAACCUUGCCUCCGCCUUCUCGGUGGAGCGGGCCAAGCUGCCCGUGACCUACUUCAUCAUGCAGGGCACCAUUAUCGACAAGGUCACAGGUCACGUGGUGGAGUCGCGGCUGGAGGGCAUUCUGCGCAAGUUCCUCGACCACUAUCAGCAACAGCUGAACGUAGAUUUGAUGCGCGGCGGGGCGCCGGAGCGGCAAAAUCCCUUGCCGGCCGCAGCCACCGCCGACCUUUUGCACGGCGCCUCCACGCAGUACUUGCAGAACCGAAUCAUGGACGCGCUCGUUGGCCCAGAGCACAUUCGACUCCCGGAGGAGAGCGAGCAAAUUGACGGCCUACGAAAGACAAUUCAGCAAGCAAAAAAGAAGGCAUUUGACGAGCUACAAGAGCUGCGCAAGGAACUUGGAAUGGACGUGCGACGCCUCAGUGAGACCGAGCUUCACACGCGAUAUCACCGCUCUUCGCAGUACAUGGCCUUCGCCGUGCUAUCCGCGCUGGAGGCACUCUUUUUGGCCCGGGUUCACGCAAGCAUCGGCAACAUAGCGGCGGAGAACAUUGUUUUUGCGUUGAACGCCAUGCAACGCGACCUUUCCCCUGCUCUCGCUGACCCCACUGUGCGACGCCUCAUUUCACUUUGCGAGGUCCUACUUGUGCGUGGCGAAGUUGUGCUGCAGCAGCGGAGGCAUCAGCAGCAGCGGGAGGAGGAGCAGGGGCAGGAGGCUGCAGGCGCCGACGCGGCGGCAAGUGCGUACGCCGCACGCAUGCUCCACUGGAUUGACGACGUGGUGGACACGCGUGUGGUGGCAGAGCAAUUUCCCAGUGACGAGGUGGAGGCGAUGUUCGCCUUGCUGAAAUCCAACCUGCUGCAGUCGCGGCGGCAGGCUUCGCCGGCAGAAGAAGGGGAGGUAAAGGCAAAGGCAAAGGAGGAGACAGAAAGUGCAAGGCGCGUGCGGCAGCUGAAGACGUGUCUGUUGGGUGUCUUGCAGCUCUAUCAUGCGGACCGCAAGAGCCAGGACGCCCGUUCGCGGCUCUCCUCCCUGCUGUACUGA